AUGCUAUAUCAAUGCAAAUGCUUGUGCUUAUAUAUGCUUAUAUACUCUGGGCUUCUUGAAAGAGCUGUGGUUUUAAGCGAAGCAGAUUUUGAUUAUGCUUAUAUAAUUGAUGAACUUCUUGAAAUGAAAUGUUUUUUCUUUUCAUGUUAUGCGAGUAAAAGCAUUGAAUUUCUGACAAUUGGGAAUAUUAGGAGAGUUGGACAAUUUUUGCGCAAAAAUCAGAUUAGCAACAAUGCUGAAUGGUCAAACUAUGAAGCACUUGUUGGACCAGGGUUAUGUUCUCGUCAAUACAAAUUGUACUUGCAAUAUAUUAGUCCUAGCAGGAGACUUCCUGGAUUUGCUAUUCAUGGAACCAGAACUGCAAUAGCUACUUCAAGCAUUUUUCUUCCGCACCUGCAACAAUGUAGCUUGGGCGCAAGCGGUGUCAGACAUAGAUAUCUUCCAGCCGAGGAAUUAUUUGUACGCGAGUGCUCAGGAUGGGCAUGUUUUCUUGACCUCAUUGAUUCUUUCCAUGUUGGAAGGGAUUUCUUUGUUGCUGAGAGCAUUAUAUUUGUGGCCUCUGGGAGCAUCGCUCAAGUGCAUCGAGCUUCUUUGCGGUCUCGAUACCAUGGCUGUCAGAUCAAACCUAUGCUUGUUGCGGUGAAGGUGAGACAUCCAGGAGUUGGCGACUCAAUAAAAAGGGAUUUUGAGAUAAUUAAUAUUGUAGCAAAAAUUUCAAAUUGCAUUCCUACACUGAAAUGGUUAAGAUUGGAUGAGAGUGUCCAGCAGUUUUCGGUUUUUGUGAUGUCUCAAGUUGAUCUUGCACGAGAAGCUGCCCAUUUGAGCCACUUCAAAUAUCAUUUUCGCAGAUCGAAGAACGUUUCUUUCCCAAAGCCUUUAUACCCGCUAGUACAUCCUGCCGUGUUGGUAGAAACUUUUGAGCAUGGUGAAAGCGUUUCUCAUUAUGUUGAUGAACUCCGUGGAAAUGAAAAAAUCAAAAGUGCUCUUGCACACAUUGGAACCAAUGCACUGCUGAAGAUGCUCCUGGUAGACAAUUUUAUUCAUGCUGACAUGCAUCCUGGAAAUAUCCUUGUUCGUGGAUCCCAGAGCAUGCAUUCUCGUAGGCAGCUCUUCAAAUCUAAGCCUCAGGUCGUAUUCCUUGAUGUAGGCAUGAUUGCUGAACUUUCUAAGAAUGAUAGGAUGAAUUUAGUAGACUUCUUGAAGGCUGUUGCCUGUAGAGAUGGCCAAACUGCAGCAGAGUGCACACUAAAAUUGUCAAAGAAACAGAGCUGCCCAAAGCCAGAGGCCUUCAUUCGGGAAGUGAAGGAGUCAUUUGAUUUUUGGGGGACUGCAGAAGGUGAUUUGGUCCAUCCUGCUGAGUGCGUGCAGCAAUUACUUGAGCAAGUUAGGCAUCAUAAAGUUAACAUUGAUGGCAAUGUUUGCACAGUGAUGGUGACAGUUCUGGUUCUUGAGGGUUGGCAGCGGAAGCUUGAUCCAGAUUACAACGUAAUGCAUACACUAAAAUCACUGCUCUUUAAAGCUGAUUGGGCAGAGUCGCUUUCGUAUACGAUUGAACGACUCAUGGCCCCGUGAAGAAGAGUCUGCAUAACAUUUUUGCUUGUCUAGAACAGAUCAAAAUAUACAUAGUUCAGUGGAAUUUAUAAUUUGUUGCAAGAUUUUUGUUUUUGCUUCACAAGCGUUGCCUUGUCACAAUUUUGUACGGAAAUCGUUUAUGUUUCUAGUAUUUUUGUAUGUUUAGAGAACUGAUUCACAACGCAUGAUGCAGACACUGUGAAAGCCUAUGCUGCUUUGAUUUUUUAAGAGAAUAUCCUUAAUAGAAUUGAUCAAUUUGUUUCUAA